AUGCCAAAUUAUAUCAAUAUAUCUGUAGUUCAUCUGAAAAACCCGGAGGAGCUUGAUAGAGCUUUACGUAUACGGAAACAAGUUUUUCAUGUUGAACAGGGCUAUUCUAUGGAAAUAGAACUUGAUGGUCAAGAUGAUACAGCACAACAUUGGGUAGCUACUUGUGAUAAAAUUAAUGAAGACGGGACAAUCGAGCACAAUUUUGAUAUUGGGGUGGUCCGCUUAAUACCUAAGGAAGAAGGUGUUGCAAAAUUAGGACGCCUUGCAGUUCUACCAUGCGGCAGAGGCCUCAGUAUUGGCAAAAAGUUAGUCGAUGCCUUCAUUGCUUACUGUAAAGAGAACGGUUUCCAUACCAUUGUCUUGCAUUCACAAUACCCUAGACGUGGAUUUUAUGAAAAAUGCGGCUUUUCUGCCAAAGAAGGCCAAGAUCAAGUGUUCGAAGAAGCUGGCACACCACAUAUCAAAAUGUGGUUACAUCCUUAG